AUUGAAGUUCUAAACCUGUUGGUGGCUGACUUUCGAGAUUAUUUUUUCUAAUUCAUUCAUGGGAUUCCAUUCUCAAUGUGUGGCCCAUAUUCAUAGCCCAAUUGGUGAUGUCACCAUCAACACAAAAUUGCGGGCAAAUCGCCACAAAUCGCCACUCUCACAAGAAACCGUCAGUAGCACCACCUUCUCUAAGUCUAUUCUACCACCGGCCGCCGCCACUGUUUUACAUCGUCAAUGCCGAUAAAAGGUGGAAGAAAUAUGGAAUGGUGUUCUCAUUGUGGAAGGAUUUGUAACACAUCUCAUGAUUAUCCCACCAACAAUACAUCGUGUCUUGAUUGUGGGAAAAUUUUAUUUGAAGGGAAUUUAACAACUAAUGAAUCGAUAUACAAUAAUAGGAUUUCACACGCCACACGACAUUAUAAGGGAAGAGAGACAAUUUGGUGUCCUCAUUGUAUAAGGAAAAAUCAUAUAGCUCAUGAUCAUAUCAGUGGAAUCAUACAUUGUGUUGAUUGUGGGAAAGUAUUGUUGGAAGAUAAAAAUGUCAAGAAUGCUACAUUAGGUAAAGACAAAAGACCGAAGCUUAAAAAGAAGAGAUCGAGUUCAAAAAUGAAUUAUGAUGUAAUAAAUACACUCGUAGGGGAAAAGCCAAUUCCGGUGAAGGAAGAAGAUGAAUGUAGCAAAAGUGAUGGAAAUGAAUGGAAGAGUUAUGAUAAUGAACAGGAGUCUUGCAGUUAUGAUUAUGAUUAUAGUUAUAAUUAUGAUUACGAUGGUGGUGAUGAAAAUAAUGAUUAUUGAUUACAAAAAUGUGGAAUUAAAGUUUUAAACAUCGAGAUGUGGU